CGUCGAGUUCUUCAACACGUGCACCAAGGAGAUGCUCAUGGAGCUCGCCGGCUGCAACGCGACGCAGGCGACCCUGACGAUGAAGCUGCGCCCGUUCACGACCGCGGCCGACUUCCGCACCCGCACCCGCAAGCAGAAGGGCGUCGGCAACAACAUGAUGGACACGUACCUCGACGUCGUCACGGGCAUGGGCGAGGUCGACAAGGUCCUCGGCGAGUGCGAGCAGAUCGGGCGCGAGCUCAACGGCAUCAUGCAGGUGUGGGCCUCGGGCGCGGCCAACUACAUCCGCAAGCAGCCCGCCGGCGUGCCCGACAACAUCCACCUCAAGGACUACCAGAUGCUCGGCGUCAACUGGCUCAACCUCUUGUACCGCCGCGGCACGUCGUGCAUCCUCGCCGACGAGAUGGGCCUCGGCAAGACGGCCCAGGUCAUCGCGCUCCUCGCCCACCUCAAGGCGACCAAGGAGCCCGGCCCGCACCUCGUCAUCGUCCCGUCGUCGACGCUCGACAACUGGAUGCGCGAGUUCAGCGUGUUCGCGCCCGACCUCGUCGUGCGCAGCUACUACGGCUCGCAGGGCGAGCGCUACGAGCUGCGCGGCGAGCUGCGCGCCAUGGACGACCUCGACUGCGUCGUCACGACCUACAACAUCGCGACCGGUUCGCCCGACGACCAGAAGUUCCUCAAGCGCAAGAUGGACUUCAAGGUGACCGUGUUCGACGAGGGCCACCAGCUCAAGAACUCCGAGUCGAAGAAGUACAAGGACCUCAUGCAGGUGCGCGCCGAGUGGCGCCUCCUCUUGACGGGCACGCCGCUGCAGAACAACCUGCAAGAGCUCGUCUCGCUCCUGUCGUUCAUCCUGCCCGACCAGUUCCGCGACGCCAACGAGUCGCUGCGCGCCAUCUUCAAGGUGCAGCCUGGGUCGGCGACCAACCUCCUGUCGCGCGAGCGCAUCAUGCGCGCCAAGAAGAUGAUGACGCCGUUCGUCCUCCGCCGCAAGAAGGCGCAGGUCCUCAAGGACCUCCCGAGCAAGACGGAGCGCAUCGAGUACUGCGCCAUGACCGACCUGCAGCGCGAGGUCUACGAGGAGGCAAUCCAGCGCAGCCGGCGUGCGCUCGUCGCGGCGCCGUCGACCAAGAUGGGCAACAAGGCCGACACGACCUCGAGCGCUCACGUCCUCACCGACCUCCGCAAGGCCUCGAACCACCCGAUGUUGUUCCGCCGCCUGUACGACGAGAAGACGCUGCGGCUCAUGGCGCGCGACUGCCUCAAGGAGGAGGAGUUCCUCGACCGCAACAAGGACCUCAUCUUCGAGGACAUGGAGGUCAUGACCGAUUUUGAGCUCCACCGCUUCUGCCUCACGUACAAGCACCUCAACAAGUACGCGCUCAAGAACGACGAGUGGAUGUCGGCGGGCAAGAUCGAGAAGCUGCAAGAGCUGCUGCCGGCCAUGAAGGCCCGCGGCGACCGCGUCCUCAUCUUCAGCCAGUUCACCCAGGUCCUCGACAUCCUCGAGGUGGUCCUCGACACGAUGGAGCUCAAGUACCUCAAGCUCACGGGCCAGACGGCCGUCUCGGACCGGCAGAACCUCGUCGACGCGUUCAACAAGACCGACGACAUCACCGUCUUCUUGCUGUCGACUCGUGCCGGUGGCCUCGGGCUCAACCUCACGGCCGCCAACACCGUCAUCUUCUACGACUGCGACUACAACCCGCACAACGACAAGCAGGCCGAGGACCGCUGCUACCGCAUUGGCCAGACCCGCCAGGUCGACAUCGUCCGCCUCCUCACCAAGGGUUCGCUCGACGAGGCGAUGUACGAGCUCGCGACGACCAAGCUCAAGCUCGACGCCGAGGUGUCGGGCCAGCAGCAGGCGCCGACAGCCAAGGCCGAGGGCCAGUCGACCGCCGAGGGCGACGCCGCCGAGGACACGGGUUCGGCCGAGAAGCGCAUGAAGAAGUCGCUUUUGAGCGGCCUCAAGCAGCAGUUCGAGCGCGAGACGCAGUCAAAGUCUUGAGCGCACGGCUCCCCUCCUCCUCUCCCUCUCUCCCCCUCUCUCUCCCUGUACUUUUCCCUCCCACUUGGCUUUGUGCUGUUCCUCUAGUCACCCCUCGUAGCUCCUCUAUCCGUCCCUCGCAAUGCGUUGCCCUCC